AUGCACACUCUCUCCAAGAGCCUCCUGCUCGUGCUGAGCAGCAACCUGCUGGCCGUCAGUGCCGCACCUGUGGGCGAGGUUGCCACCUCCACCACUACCACUGCUGCUGCCACUACAACUGCCCCCGCAGGCUAUGGCAACUACGGCGAUUACGGCAAUUACGGUACAUAUGGUAAUUACCAGAACUACAAACGUGCUGAGGAGGAGGCAUCCUCUUCGACCUCCUCGGCCGCCUCCACCACCACUGCCCCCGCAGGCUACGGCAACUACGGCAACUAUGGGGAUUAUGGCAGCUAUGGCAGCUACCAGAACUACAAGCGUGAGGACAAGCCGGUAGAGGAGGCCCCCACCACGACCACGGCUACCCCGGCCAGCUACGGCGACUAUGGCAACUAUGGCACCUACGGCAACUAUGAGAAUUACAAGCGGGGAGCCGAGGCCUCCAGCUCGGAGACCACUACAGCUGCUGCCUCGACCACUACUGCCCCCGCCGCCAACUAUGGCAGCUACGGUAACUAUGGGGAUUACGGCAGCUACGGCAGCUAUCAGAACUACAAGCGCGACGACAAGCCCGCCGAGGAGGAGGAGGAGGAGGCCGCCUCCACCACCGCCACUGAGGUCCCCUCCGCCACGGGCACCCCAGUCAGCUACGGGGAGUAUGGCAACUACGGCAGCUAUGGUAACUACCAGAACUACAAGAGAGAGGAUGAGCAGCCCACCAGCUCGUCGACCAGCUCGGCCCCUAGCACCAGCACCACGACCGCUCCGGUCAGCUACGGGGAAUACGGCAACUAUGGCACCUACGCCAACUAUGGCUCGUACAAGCGCGACGAGGAACCCGCUGCCCAUGCGGAGGAGGAGGAGAGCACCACCUCGAGCGCCUCCUCCACCGCCACCGCCCCGGCCGGGUACGGGAACUACGGAAACUACGGCAACUACGGCAACUAUGGAACUUACCAGAACUACUAG